UGUGACAAUCUUUAUGUCAAAGUUUGUCACUGUCAGAUCAAUUGUCAGUUGGAAAAUGUUGUGCUGAAAUGUAAACAUUUUUUGAUUUAUUCAGCAGAUUUUAUCGUCGGCGAGGAUGGAUCUAGUGAAAGUUAGUUUGGAAGCUCUCUUUCUCCGAGCUACGCAAAGCUCAACCCAACAUCCAGACAUAGAAGCAGUGGAGGCUUUCUGUUUAUUGAUGAACAAAGAGAAGGAAGGUUGUUUAAUUGGCAUUAAAUUACUAUCCACAAAGAUACAUUCAAGAAAUGAAUAUGAGGUGCUGCAGGCCCUGUACAUAAUAGACAUUAGUAUGAAGAAAUGUGGAGCAAUGUUCCAGGGAGAAGUUGGAAAAUUUCGUUUCUUAAAUGAGAUGAUUAAGUUGGUCUCUCCCAAAUACUUGGGCACUCAAACACCAAUGUCUGUAAAAGAGAAAGUGUUGACCAUGUUGUAUGUCUGGACUAUUAAUUAUCCCAAAGAGACUAAGAUAAAGGAAGCCUAUGAGAUGCUGAGGAAGCAGGGUGUCAUAAGGGAACCACCACUUUACUUGGAUGUUUAUCCUCAGAACAUUUGCAGAAAUCACAAUGCUUUUGUUGAUGAUGAGAAAUCCAAACUACUGAAGAAGUUGUUACAAAGCAGGAACCCAGAGGAUAUUCAAGCAGCAAACAGAUUAAUUAAAAGUAUGGUCAAAGAGGAUGAGAGAAACACCGAGAUGAAGAGCAAACGCUUUUCCGAGCUGGAAUCUGUGCUGAACAAUGUUCGUUUGCUUAACGAAAUGCUGGAUUCUUAUAUUCCCGGUACUUCCUCCAUCGAUGAACUGGAUAUUAUAAAUGAGCUGCACGACAGUUGCCAGAGGAUGCGGCAAAGUAUUGUUAAAUUAGCGUCCGAGGCUCAGAACACUGAAGAUAUAACUGCUAUACUGAGGGCUAAUGAUGAAUUAGGGCAGGUCUUUGAAAAGUAUGAGUUUUUAGUGGCAAAGGGUGACGUCAGUGUUAAACUGCAAGCUCAAAAGCAGAAAGCCAUUCUGGAUCUGAUAGAAAAUGCCGCAGGUAUUAAGAUUAGCACGUUGGAUUUGCUGCAGCAAUCUGGUCAUGGUGAAGAAGCAACGUCUUCUCCGGCUCCUCCACUUAUACCAGUCGAGAAGAACAAUUGCUCAUAUUCGAAUGUAGACGUUCUGUGCGAUAUAUUCACCACUCCCAAUGACGAUGGACAAUCUGCAGACGAUAAUAUUUUAAAACCCAUCGCUGUCAAUUUACUAGAGACUAGUGAAGAGAAACCUAGUAACAACAAGUUCAAGGCGCUCGAAGACCUGGACGAAAUGAGUGAAAACUUGUUGAAAGAGAACUUGCAAUCCACUGCACGUCUCGGCUCCAAUUUCAAUAAACUCGUAGAUAAAAUACCAAUGAAUCUCUUGGUAUCUAAACUAGGCGACGACGUAUCGAAAAGAAUGUCAGCUGAUUUGUUUAAUGAUGAAUUGGAUUUGGACAGUCUGUUAUUAUCAGAAUCUCACGACAGUAACAACGAAUCGAACGGCGAUGAUAACUUGGUUGAUAUUAGCACUGGCUUAAGUUUAGGAGAUAGCUUCGAAUGCGUCGCGAGUCCAGAAACUCCGCCUCAGAAAUACGAGCAACCAAUCAAGUUCUGCGACAUCAACAUUGACCUGAAAAACGUAAGACCGAGCACGAUCGAACCUCUGGUGGUGCUGGACGAGAAGAACGGAUUAACCGUAACACUGCAUUUUGCCAAAGACAAACCACGCGAUGAUGUAAUCGUCAUCAUAGUUUCGAUAGCCAACAAAAAUGAGCUUCCCCUAACGAAUGUCCUCUUCCGCGCCAUCGUACCUAAAGUAUGUAAAGUGAGACUUCAGUCUCCUUCAUCUGUUGAACUACCUGCGUUCAAACCAUUCUUGCCGGCGGCAACCAUAACGCAGGUGAUGUUAAUCUCGAAUCCUGAGCAAGUGAAAAUCUCGUUCAAGUUCAUCGUGAGCUACAGCGUCGAAGAUGAGACCGUAACCGAAAUGGGCGAAAUCGAAUCUCUGCCGCAGACAUAAAGACUUUCGGGAAUCUGUAGACUUACAAUAUGUUACCUGCACAUUUGAUUACUACAUUCCUUCUACGUUUAUUCGAUGCAAACGCUUUCAAACAACUCGUUGCUGCGCGCUUGCACAUCUAGUUUAAGACGAGUGCGCGGAUGAUUGCAAAUAUAUGUUCCUCCCAAAAAUUAGUUCAACAUCAAAUGGAACCAAAAUUAUGAUUGCAUUAUUUAUUUUGACUCUUCAUUUAUAUUGAUUUAUGCAUUAGGUAUAUACAUUUAAACAAACUAUUAUU